GCCGAGCUGUGCUGUCCUGUGCUGUGUCCUGGGUGAUGAGGGUGUGAGAGCCAUAAAGCAGCGUCUGGGGCCCGGAGCGCCUGCGGCCACUUCCAGGGAAAGAUGCCACAGACACCUCCCUUUGCAGCAAUGUUUGACAGCAGCAGCUACAACAGGAACCUGUAUCAGACCAAAGAGGACAACUGUGGAGGGCUCUAUUACCAGGACAACAAUCUCCUGUCAGGGUCUCUGGAAGCUCUGAUCCAGCACUUGGUACCCAAUGUGGAUUACUACCCCGAUAGGACAUACAUCUUCACCUUCCUUCUCAGCUCCCGCCUCUUCAUGCACCCAUACGAGCUCAUGGCCAAAGUCUGCCACCUAUGCACUGAGCAGCAGAGGCUCAGUGAGCCUGCCCUGGACAAGAACUGGACCCAGAAAAUUGCACCAAAAAUCCUACAGUUGUUGACUGAGUGGACAGAGACUUUUCCUUAUGAUUUCCGAGAUGAAAGAAUGAUGAGGAACUUAAAGGAGUUGGCUCAACGAAUAACCAGUGGGGAUGAGGUGUACAGGAAGAACGUGCAGCAGCUCCUCCAGAACCUGAUUCGGAAGCUGGCCGCAGUUACCCAGUAUGAGGAAGUGCUUGCAAAAAUCGAUGCCACCACAUCCACAGAUCGCCUCACACUGCUAAAGACCAAGCCCCAGUCCAUGCAGAGGGACAUCAUCACAGUCUGCAAUGAUCCCUAUGUGUUAGCUCAGCAGCUGACACACAUCGAGCUUGAAAGACUCAAUUAUAUUGGACCAGAAGAAUUUAUCCAGGCGUUUGUGCAAAAGGAUCCUUUGAAUAAUGACAAGAGCUGCUAUGGAGAUCGAAAGAAGACUCGGAAUCUGGAAGCCUAUGUGGAGUGGUUUAACAGGCUCAGUUACUUGGUUGCAACAGAAAUCUGUAUGCCUGUGAAGAAGAAGCACAGAGCAAGAGUGAUAGAAUAUUUCAUCGAUGUGGCACGGGAAUGUUUUAACAUUGGCAACUUCAAUUCCUUAAUGGCUAUUAUUUCUGGCAUGAACAUGAGUCCUGUGUCUCGAUUAAAGAAAACCUGGGCAAAAGUGAAGACAGCCAAGUUUGAUAUUCUUGAGCAUCAGAUGGACCCUUCCAGCAAUUUUUAUAAUUACCGAACUGCCCUGCGUGGAGCCACCCAGAGGUCCCUGACAGCUCACAGCAACAGAGAGAAGAUUGUGAUACCUUUCUUCAGCCUCUUGAUCAAAGAUAUUUAUUUCCUCAAUGAGGGUUGUGCUAAUCGCCUUCCAAAUGGUCACGUCAAUUUUGAGAAAUUUUGGGAGCUGGCAAAACAAGUCAGUGAAUUUAUGACAUGGAAGCAAGUGGAGUGUCCUUUUGAAAGGGAUUGGAAGAUUCUGCAGUACUUGCUCUCUGUCCCAGUCUUCAGUGAUGAUGCACUUUACUUGGCUUCCUAUGAAAGUGAGGGUCCUGAGAACCACAUUGAAAAGGACAGAUGGAAGACACUAAGGUUUGUGUCAGAGGUUACCCAGAUCAAUAAAUAA